ACAAAAGAGCUCAACAUCUUGUCCAGCUAUUUCGCUAGUUCCAGAAGCAGAGACAUUCGAUAUGAAGCUCGAUCCGAAGGCCAUCCGCUACCUGACUUCAGAAGACUUCCGUGUGCUUGCAGCAGUCGAACAAGGAAGCAAAAACCAUGAAGUUGUACCGACCCCUUUGAUUGCCCAGAUUUCCGGCCUGCGAGGCGGUAGCGGCGUAAACCGUUCAAUCUCAAACCUUGCAAAGACAAACCUGAUUGCGAAAGUGAAGAACGCAAAAUAUGAUGGAUAUCGACUCACGUACGGCGGUCUUGAUUAUUUGGCCCUCAAUGCUCACCAAAAGCAAAAAUGCAUAUACUCUGUCGGCAACCAGAUCGGCGUCGGAAAAGAAUCGGACAUCAUAGUUGUUGCGAAUCACAAGGGGACACAGCGAAUUCUGAAAAUCCAUCGACUUGGCCGUAUCUCGUUUCGAACAGUGAAGACCAACCGCGACUAUCUACGAAACCGAAGCACGGGAUCAUGGAUGUACAUGUCGCGUUUGGCCGCGAUGAAGGAAUACGCCUUCAUGAAAACAUUGGGAGAGAAUGGGUUUUCAGUACCGGAGCCUAUUGCCCAGAACAGACACACGAUCGUGAUGAGUUUGAUCGAUGCCUUUCCGCUCCGGCAAAUCUCCAAGGUCCCCGAUCCGGCUUUGUUGUACUCUGAAUUGAUGGAUAUGAUUCUGCGGUUGGCUCGUUAUGGAUUGAUUCACGGGGAUUUCAACGAGUUCAAUAUUCUUAUCAAGGAAGUCGAGGAUCCGGAAGCGAAAGGGAAGGGAAAGGCGGACGAAGGGGAGGAAGACGACGAAAACCUCAAAUUGAUCCCGGUGUUGAUCGAUUUUCCACAGAUGGUAUCGAUUGACCAUGCCAAUGCUGAAAUGUAUUUCGAUCGCGAUGUGAACUGCAUCAAGCGAUACUUUCAACGGAAGUUCCACUUCGUGAGCGAUGUACCAGGGCCGUUCUUCUCUGAAGCGAAGAAACAGAUGUUAAAAAAUCCCGGCAAAAGGCUUGAUGUUGAUGUGGAGGCUUCUGGGUUCUCAAGAAAGAUGGCACGCGAGCUUGAAAAAUACAUGAAGGAAGUUGGUGCUGACGGAGACCAUAAGGAAAACGAUGAAGGCGCCGAGAGCGAGGAAGAUUCAGAGGGGUCAGGGUCGGAGGAUGACAACUCUGGGGAUCAAAGCGACACGAAAGGGAAAAAGAAUACAUUAGUGUCCGAAGAUUCGCAACGCGAUGGCUUGGAUGAGAGUUCUCAAAAACUGAAGGAACUGCAUGUGUCGUGAACUUCUUGUUGCCGCCCAGAUGGGACAACAAUUACACAAUCUAAUAUUAAUGACUGUCAUGAUCGAAAAAUAUAGAUUCUAACUCAUUCUUGAUCGAAUUUGAAAAUCAAUGUAGAAUUUUAUGACCACUACUUCUUUACAUACUGGAGAAUCUAUAAAAAUCGGCUACGGCCCGUGAAGCGGCCAACCACGCAGUUUUGAUCUGCAAAAGUUCCGCAAUCUCAAAAGACCGUCAACCUUCACUCUAUCUCAACAAACACCCAACACCACUCCAAUACCCGUUUUCAAAAACCGUCCUCUCUUGAUUCGGGAUCUAAAUCGCCACAAUGGUCCGAAAAUGGUCCAAGUUACUCGCGAAGCCCGCCGGCUGGCUCCCGCCGAACGCACCACUCUCACAGCGCAAGCAGAUAUACCU